AUGUCUAUUAUGUCUAAAAAAAUAAUUUUGCCAUUCUUGUUUUUAAUAUUUCUAAAAAUUUUUCAAGUUAAAUCUGGAGUUUAUAAUGAAACACUAAGUUUAAUUGCAUAUAAUCUUUCUGCCAGUGCAUAUGCCGAUGACAAUGAAGAAAAAAUUACACAAUGUUUUCAAAAAAGUUUUCCAAAUCAAACAUAUAAUAAUCUUCAUCAUUCUACAUUUCAAUGUGAUGAUAGUAGCGAUGAUACUUGUGGAGGAGUUUAUGCAAACUUUCCUGACAUUGAUACAACUAUCAUUGCAUUUAGAGGUACUAAACAAUCAUUAGAAUUAAUAAAAGAAGCAAUUCAGUCUUUAGAAAAUUUUAUUCCUUAUAAUUUUAAUCAAAAUAAUGUUGAGAUUAAUUAUGGAUAUGUUAAUAAAUAUUAUUUGAAAGCUUCAGAAAUGGCAUAUAAACAAUUUAUCCUUCAAACUAUUAAUGAAAAUUCUUUACAUAAAAAUAUUAUUAUAACGGGUCAUUCAUUAGGUGGUGCCUUAGCAGCAUUAUUAGCAUUAAAAUUAACACUUAAUGGAAUACAUGGUGAUAGAAUUACUGUGAUUACAUUUGGUGAACCAAGAAUAGGUGAUCAUAAUUUAGCUUCUGUAAUACAUACUAAUGUUCCUAAUUUAUAUAGAGUAACACAUUAUCAAGAUAUAGUUAGUCAUUAUCCUCCAUGUUCAUCUGAUGAUAAAAAUGGAUGUUUGAUGAAGGAUAAAAAACCUUACCAUCAUCCACAAGAAAUUUGGUAUAAUAAAUAUGAGAAAAUGACAAAAGGAGUUUAUGUCAAAUGUAAUUCAAAUGAUGGUGAAGAUAAUAAUUGUAGUGAUAAAUAUUUUAGUGUAUUUCAAUCCCUUUUUAAUGGUGGAUGGGAAAGUGAACAUAUGGAUUAUUUUGGAUAUAAUAUUCGUUCAUAUGGAGUACAAGGAUGUAAUUCUUCAUUCAUAAUAAAAACAUCGUUCUUUCAAAUAUUAAUAUUUUUAAUAUUAUUUUUUUUUAUUUUAUCAAAUUAA